AUGACUGCCGACAUCGUUCAGAGAUACGGACCGGGGAUGUCCUUCUAUCUUGCUCAAAUGGAGCCCUCGUCCAAGUAUCCUUCAGCGCCGUCGUCGGACACUGCACUCAGGACAUACUCCACAACCCUGAAGGCACUGCAGGCCAGCAAUGACAAGCUGCAGCAAAAGAUGACCAUGCUGCGGUCCAGCACGCUACGGCUGGAGCUCGACUUGAUGAAGCUCCAGCGUCAUAUCCGAUCUUUCGACAAGGAGCUCCUGAUGACCUGGCAGGCAGACACCCUCACUCGGCUGAUCGAGGUGAUCUACGAGCGACAUGGAUGGAAAAUGCCCGGGGGAAUUGUCAUCGGCGAUCAUCAGGGCGUUCAUUGGGACACUCUAUCCACGCUCUAUGCAGUUGCUGCGCGGAAGAUUAAGAAGGACACGCUGAAGAGGCGAUUCGGGCUGUCGAUUCAAUACUAUGAUGCACUACAGAAGUACGACGAGAUUGUCCCUUUCCGCAGCAUCGAUCCCUACGAGUCGGAAUGUUCGUUUGCAAAGUGGCUUGUGACGGAGAAGGAGAGACGUCCGGGGCUCUAUCAAUUCUGGGGGAAGUUGUUUCCAUUGUGCUAUGGUCGGACGGUGGAGGAGACUGCUGAGAGAUUCUGA